AUGCUGGCUUCUGUGUCGGCUACCAAGCUUCUUCAAGCGUCGUCUUUGUUGACAUGCAUGGACAACUCACAGCUCUGGGCAUCCUACUUGGACGUCACUUUCUGGCCGUCCAACAGCACUGUCCUGUUUGACAUCGAAGCAAUCUCAAAUAUCAAUAACGUCAAUGUCAGUGUCAAUAUAACGUUGAUCGCUUACGGAUUCAACGCCGUUGAGCAGACAAUCAACUUGUGUGACCUUGAGGAUUACUCGGCGCUUUGUCCUUUGACCUCAGGCCACUUGGAUAUCGACAUAGACUACGAUGUAUCGGACCUGAUCAAAGAUCAGAUUCCGGGAGUUGCAUACACCAUUCCGGACUUAGACGCCAGAGUGAAACUCAUCAUGUACAGCACAGAUUCUGACGAAGCAUUAGCAUGCGUUGAGGCUACUGUAACCAACGGUAAAACGGUGCAAACUAAGUAUGCUGCGUGGCCCAUUGCUGCAAUCUCUGGAUUUGGUUUGAUCACUUCCGGUGUGGUUUCUGCAAUUGGCCAUUCAAGCACAGCAGCUCACAUUGCACUGAAUUCGAUGUCCUUAUUCGUUUACUUCCAAGCUCUCGCAAUAACCUCUAUGUUGGCAGUUGCUAAGGCUCCCCCAAUCGCCGCUGCAUGGGCACAGAAUUUCCAGUGGUCAUUGGGGGUCAUAAAGGUUGGUUUCGUACAGGACAUUGCCAACUGGUACCUCCAGGCUACCGGUGGUACACCAACUGCCAUCUUGACGAGCUCUCAGGUUUCCAUUUCAGUGCAAAAGGUGAAGAGGGCUAUUGAAUUCUUAACGGGGCCCUUAUUCACGCCAUUCCAAGAGCGUAGUCUUCAAAAGAGACUCUCAAUCUCAACAGAUUCUGACAGCUCGAUGCAGUCUGAUAACUUAGACAGCACUUUAUACACCACAGAUGAAAAGGAAGCUCUUCUGGGUACCAAAGUUUUGAUUUUACGUGGAAUUCAGAGAGUUUCAUACUUGGCCGGAAUCGAAAUCACAAGUUUAUUCAUGACAGCUAUGAUGUUCUUGAUAUUUUUUGCCUUCGUCCUCAUCGUGUGUAUGACCUUUUUCAAGGCCAUUGUCGAGAUUUGUAUCAGAUCCAACAUUAUGCCCGAGGGAAAGUUCAACGAGUAUAGACAACAUUGGGCCAGUAUCAUCAAGGGUGCCUUGUACAGAUUGCUUUUGGUUGCAUUGCCGCAAAUUGUUGUAUUUGGCUUCUGGGAGUUCACCGUUCGUGACUCCGCCGGCAUUAUUGUUGUGGCCGCAUUCUUGAUCCUUGUUGCUUUUAUCCUACUCGGGUUUGCCGCUUUCCGCGUCAUCACUUUUGGAAGAAGAUCUGUGCGGGAAUACAAAAACCCAGCUUAUCUCUUGUACGGCAACAAUGUCUUUUUAAACAAGUUUGGAUUUGUCUACGUGCAGUACAGCGCUAGCUGCUACUACUUUGUCGGUAUUUCUUUGAUAUACGUCUUUUUGAAGACAUUUUGGGUCGCAGUCUUGCAGAGUCAUGGAAAAGUCCAAUCGCUCAUUGUCUUCUUUAUUGAACUCAUCUACUUGGUGACUGUUUCUUGGAUUAGGCCAUUCAUGGAUAAAAGAACGAAUGCCUUCAACAUCACUAUUGCAGUUAUCAACACUUUGAAUGCCUUGUUUUUCGUCUUCUUUUCCUAUGUUUUUGGGCAACCCGAAAUUGUGGCAUCGGUGAUGGCUGUGGUCUUCUUUGUGUUGAAUGCCAUUUUUGCUUUGUUCGUGUUAAUUUUCACAAUCGUCACAUGCGUGUUGGCAUUGGUUUACAAGAAUCCAGAUUCUAGAUACCAGCCAAUGAGAGAUGAUAGAGUGUCCUUCAUUCCUCGUGCAGGCGCCAAGAGCGGAAAGGUGAAUGGUGGAGAUACUCAGGAUAUUGAGUUGGCAGCUUUGGGUGCGAGCGCCAUGAAGGGACAUGAACAUGCAAAAGAUUCUGGAUUUUUAGAGUCCUCAUCUGAUGACUUGCGCGGAAAGGGCGUGGAUUAUAGGCCUGCUUAUGACUCAGAAAGCAGUUCUAAGCAGUCACUCGUCGACUCUGUUGAACCACAGGAACCGGUUUCUACCAUUACUGGAAAUUCGAGUCAUGCAUACCAGAACUUCAAAACAGCAUACAGAAACAAGGACUAUCUUUAG